GUCCAUUCUCAUAUGUUAAUUAUUAAAAAAAUACAUAAAUACCCUGAAUCUCACUUCUCACACACACGUUCCAAUCUCAUCUCAUCUCAUCUACUGAAGCCGAUUGUACUACACUAUCUUAGCAAUGAACAGCCUCCAGAUCCGCCGUUAGCUUCCGAUCACGGUUUCAGACAUAUAAUACUACAUACUUCAAAUCAACACAAAUGGCAGUGCCAAAACACUCCAAGUCCGAUGGAAGAAAAUCAACAAACACUUGCUGUUCUACGGUUACACUGGUGGCUUUCGUAGCCCUGUGUUUGGUAGGCGUAUGGAUGAUGACAUCAUCCUCUGUUGUCCCUCUUCAAAAUCUAGACACUACACAGAAGAACGAUAUAAUUACCAAGAGUUACGAUACCGAAGAUAGCUCUGGCGAGAACACUGUAAACACUGCAACGCUCGAUGACAGCAAACCCAAACAGUUUGAGGAUAACCCUGGUGAUUUACCCGAUGAUGCCACAAAAGGAGAUAGCAAUGUAAAUUCUCAACAGGACAACAACAACAAUAAUAAUAAUCCGAAAGAGGACGAUGAAACGACAAACGAAAGUGAAAAAGAGACAAAGCAAGAUGAACAAGAAAACAAUGAAUAUGGUAAAGAAUCGAAAUACGGAGUCGAUUCACAGUUAGAAAAGGUGGAAAGUGAGGGUAAAAACGACAAAACCGAUGCUCCAAAAACUGAGGUAUUGCCUUCUGGGGCCGAGUCAGAGCUUUUGAGUGAAACAUCGGUUAAAAACGGGUCAUUUUCAACUCAAGCAUCAGAGUCAAGUAAAGAAAAGGAAGGGCAGAAGUCGGUAAAACCUGAGAAUAACAAAGGGUAUAACUGGAAACUUUGCAAUGUUACGGCUGGGCCAGAUUAUAUUCCGUGCCUUGAUAAUUUGCAAGCUAUUCGGAGCCUUAGGACCACUAAGCAUUAUGAACAUAGGGAACGACACUGUCCUGAGAACCCUCCUACUUGUCUUGUUCCUUUGCCUGAAGGAUACCAACGCCCGAUUAAGUGGCCUACAAGCAGAGAAAAGAUAUGGUACCAUAACGUUCCUCACACAAAGCUGGCAGUGCUUAAGGGGCACCAAAACUGGGUUAAAGUUGAUGGCGAAUAUCUAACAUUCCCUGGUGGUGGAACUCAGUUUAAGCACGGUGCCCUCCAUUACAUCGAUUUCAUACAAGAAAAUGUGCCUGAGAUUGCAUGGGGAAAGCGGUCACGUGUAGUAUUAGACGUUGGAUGUGGGGUGGCUAGCUUCGGAGGAUUUCUGUUUGAUAGAGAUGUGUUGGCAAUGUCUCUUGCUCCUAAAGACGAACAUGAAGCUCAGGUUCAGUUUGCACUCGAAAGAGGAAUUCCCGCCAUUUCUGCUGUCAUGGGCACACAAAGACUUACUUUUCCAGCUAGAGUAUUCGAUGUUGUUCAUUGUGCACGUUGCAGAGUUCCUUGGCAUAUUGAAGGUGGUAAGCUUCUUCUAGAGCUGAAUCGUCUAUUGCGACCUGGUGGCUAUUUUGUGUGGUCUGCUACUCCUAUCUAUCAGAAAAAUCCCGAAGAUGUUGGAAUUUGGGACGCAAUGAAAAAGUUGACCAAGUCAAUGUGCUGGGAAGUUCAGGCAGUCGGGAAGGAUAAGGUUAAUAAAGUAGGUGUGGCUGUUUAUCGUAAACCAAUGUCUAAUGAAUGCUAUGAAGGACGACAACAAAACGAGCCUCCGAUGUGUAAUGAAUCUGAUGAUCCAAAUGCUGCUUGGAAAGUACCUUUGCAGACAUGCAUGCACAAGGUACCGGUUGCUGCACAGGUGCGUGGGUCCCAGUGGCCUGAACAAUGGCCAUCAAGGGUGGAAAAAGUACCUUACUGGUUGUUAUCUUCACAAGUUGGUGUGUAUGGAAAACCUGCACCCGAUGAUUUCUCUGCAGACUUUGAACACUGGAAACGCGUGGUCAACAAGUCUUAUAAGAGUGGUCUCGGGAUUGACUGGUCAACUGUGAGGAAUGUCAUGGACAUGAGAGCUAUCUAUGGAGGAUUUGCAGCUGCUUUAAAAGACAUGAAUAUUUGGGUGAUGAACAUUGUAUCGGUUGAUUCUCCAGAUACGCUACCAAUAAUAUACGAACGGGGCUUAUUUGGAAUAUAUCAUGACUGGUGUGAAUCGUUCAGCACAUACCCAAGAUCUUAUGAUCUUCUUCACGCAGACCAUUUAUUCUCCAAGAUAAAAAACAAAUGUAAUAUGACGGCUUUGGUUGCGGAGGUAGAUCGAAUACUGAGACCGGAAGGGAAACUUAUUAUUCGGGACACGGUAGAUAUUACAAAUGAGGUUGAAAACAUGGCGAGAUCCAUGAAUUGGGAAGUGAGGUUAACUUACUCUAAAGACAAGGAAGGAUUAUUAUGUGUCCAAAAGAGCAUGUGGCGGCCGACUGAGUUAGAAACAAUCCCGUAUGCCAUUGCUUAAAUCGUUUGCACGUGGUCAGUGUUUCGACUUAGGUAAGAGGUUGCUCGUGGUUAGGGCUUGGUUUGAUUUUAGGACAUGCUAUAUUAUGUUUAUGUUGGAAAAUGAAUGUAUUCUUGCUAGUGAGGAGGCAUUAAUAUCAGAAAAACAGGAUAUGGAAAUUUUGAAUGUAUUUUUGGCUUGGGUUUAAAUGAAUCAAUUAUUAAUCUUUGAUCA